UGCUAUCCUUGUUAAACUGGCUAGUGUCCCGCUCAGACAAACUGUUGCGAGUGAUUCUGCUGCCAAUUGCUCUUCCUCAGUUGUCCAGCAAAGUCACCGCGAUGGGCGAUGAGACGAGUCUGCCUGGCACUGUCCGCCUGUUCGACGUUGGGGAAGACGGUCAAUUGUUAGACGCAGAAAUCACGCUCGUGCCGCAGCCAACGAACAGUCCGGACGAUCCACUGCGGUGGUCGAAGGCGCGCAGGUAUUGGCAUGCGGUAUUGUGCUGCUUCAUCGCAGGCUUGACAGCUGCUACAUCCAAUGACGCUGGUUCCGCUGCCGAUCAACAGAAUGAAGAGCUUGGAAUCACGUACAAUCAGAUCAACAUUGCCGCUGGUGUCCUCUUCAUCGCGAUUGGCUACAUGACGUUGCUUCUUGCACCAACGGUCACACUGUACGGUCGCAGAUUGAAUUACCUCAUCUCCAUCCUCAUGGGCCUUGGUGGCAGCAUCUGGUUCGCUCGGAUCCAAACCAGCGGUGAUUCGAUUGGAAGUCAGUUCUUCGUAGGAGCUUCUGAGUCCUGUGCAGAGGCUGCGGUGCAAACCUCACUCUCUGACAUCUUCUUUCAGCACCAGCGCGGCACAGUGCUUGGCUUUUACGUUUUAGCGACUAAUCUGGGAACAUAUCUUGGUCCUUUGAUCGGAGGCUACAUAGCCGAUAGUGACCUUGGAUGGCGCUGGGUAGGUUGGUUUGCCGUUAUAAUCUCUGGCGCAACCUUUGUCAUCUUCUACUUCGGCUUUGAAGAAACUACUUUCGACCGUCGUCACAUUCUCAAUGGCGCGCCAGUGGAGUCCUCAACUGCAACUGAAGAGGACGGUGAUCCCGAAAAGAAGGUGAUGACGCAUGAACAUCGCCCUUCAAUCAUACAUGCUGGAGAGUUGGAAUCGUUAAAAGCUAGCAAGCCGUACUGGAAAAGGAUCGCCCUGAUUACGCCAGCACCGAAUCUAAAAGGAUGGGGCUUCAAACAAUAUGGGCAACGCUUGUUUCACAUGCUCCGUGUAUUCACAUUCCCCGCUGUCCUUUUUGCGGGCUUGCAAUGGGGUGCUCAGGAUGCGUGGUUGACAUUUUAUCUCACCCUCGAAGAAGACAAUUGGUACGGCCCCCCCUGGAAUUACACCGACGCUCAGGACGCUAUCAUGAACGUGCCUUGUAUAAUUGGCUCAUUUAUUGGCUGUAUCUGGGGUGGUUACUGCUCUGAUCUCUUUGUUCGGUGGAUGGCGAAGCGAAAUGGUGGGAUAGCUGAGGCAGAACAUCGAUUGUGGUUCAUGUUUCCUGCAGCCAUCAUCAGCCCAAUUGGAUUGAUUUUGUUCGGUGUUGGUACAAACAAUGGAUGGUCAUGGCCAGUGCCAUAUGUGGGUCUUGGGUUUAUUGGCUUUGGAUGGGGCUGUGCUGGUGAUCUGUCUAUGGCCUAUCUUAUGGACUGCUAUCCUGACAUGGUGCUUGAAGGUAUGGUCGGUGUUGCGGUAAUUAACAACACCAUUGCUAUGAUUUUCACCUUCGGAACGGGUCCAUGGUUUGCAGUACAGUCUGUUACUGGUGUCAUGUGUAUCAUUGGUGCUCUAAGCUUCAUUUUCAUCAUGACUUCAGUGCCCAUGAUGAUUUGGGGCAAGACGUUUCGGCGACAAACACUUGCUAGGUACAAAGAAUUUCUCACGACUCGAGAUGCAUUGCUGUGAAACAUUGAAUAUAAGGCAGAAGCUAAGCAUAUUUCAUUCGGCUUAACUUGAAUGUUUCUCAAGUGACAAUUUGAUACGCUACAUAAUAUCAUUUAUAACCAGGACUGCUUGAUGAAUCUUAGCAACACAAGACCAAUGGAGUUGCAAAACAUAUUGAGCAAUGGAAAACUGGCAAGCUCAACCUGGAAUAAGUUUUACACGUGCUACAACCAGCGCGAAGCAAGAUUAGACCUUUCUGCGUUGGUUUUUAUUUUGGUGUCGCACUGGCCGCUGGGAAAGGUUGUUUGCUAGCCUUGGCCCCAACGCUUAUGCCAUACGGGCUGUUCGGCGGACGCAUGUAGCUGUUAACAGGUAGAUCUCCCAAUGGCAAGCGAUGGCCAUCUGCGCGGGGACUACAGUUCGGAAUAUCUGCAGCAUGUAAUGCAUGGCGCUGAGUACGCGGUGUCAUAAA